CCUGGCCACUCACUUUCUGAUGUUGCACGACGGGAAAUGCUUUGAAUACUUGCGACAUGGCUGCGCGCAUUGAUUGCCAAGAUUGACAGCAGCUCUACCCAUCGUCUUCUCUUGUCUGAGUGAGAGAGAGAGAGAGAGAGAGAGAGAGAGAGAGAGAGAGCAGAUAGGCUAACAACAAAAGGUACUUGUAGUUUUGGACAGCUGAACUUCACAGAGAGUAUACGGGAUCCCCUCAUAUGGCCCCGUGUGAGCAGACUUAAGUUUUCGCUCAACAGAUAGCUCAGUGAUCAUUUUCUACAAAGUGUAGUGUAGUCCAGCAGUCUUUACGCACGGGAAAGGACGCAUAAAUAUCUUCUCCACGGCUCAGAUCAUCAAGGUUUUUACAUGAAUUCAAAAUCAUCCGACCAGUGAUCACUGGAAGCUGGGGAUUGAGUCUUUCAGUUUUUAACCCCACACGCUGACAUGGAGGGCUUUCUUCGUAGCAGCUUUUUACUGAGCAGAGUCAUGUCUUCCAAGCAAGCCACGUCUCCUUUUGCCUCUGUGGUUGAUGGGGAUGAUGCCAUGAGUCAGGAGCACUUGUCUUGGGAGAAAGAGGAGAGCGCUGAGGCGCAUGGCACACCACAGCUACCCCUGCACAGUCUGCUCCAUGGAAAAUCCCAUCCUGAUGAAAUGCAGCCGCUUAGCAGUGUACCGCCAGAGAGCGACUGGGACAGCCUGGUGUCAGCCCAACAGCGCAUGGAAUCUGACAGCAAUAAAGUAUGUUCCCUGUACUCCUUCCGGAACAAUUCCACUUCCCCACACAAGCCGGAGGAGGGGGCCCGGGAGCGAAGUGACCUGCUGAGCGGAUCAGCGUUUGGAACUCCGGAGCGCCGCAAAGGAAGCCUGGCAGACGUAGUGGACACGCUGAAGCAGAAGAAGCUGGAGGAGAUGACAAAGACAGAGCAAGACGACUCCUCAUGCAUGGAGAAACUUCUUUCCAAAGACUGGAAAGAGAAGAUGGAGAGGCUUAACACCAGUGAACUGCUUGCAGAAGUCAAAGGUACUCCAGAGAGCCUGGCAGAAAAGGAACACCAGCUCUCCACAAUGAUCACCCAGCUGAUCAGCCUGCGAGAGCAGCUUCUGGCUGCCCACGACGAACAGAAGAAGCUCGCCGCCUCACAGAUGGAGAAACAGAGGCAGCAAAUGGAGUUAGCUCGUCAGCAGCAGGAGCAGAUUGCAAGACAACAGCAGCAGCUUCUACAGCAGCAGCACAAAAUCAACCUCCUCCAGCAACAGAUCCAGCAGGUCCAGGGUCACAUGCCUCCGCUCAUGAUCCCCAUUUUUCCACACGACCAACGCACUCUGGCAGCAGCAGCCGCCGCCCAGCAAGGCUUUCUCUUCCCUCCGGGAAUGUCUUAUAAGCCAGGUGAUAACUACCCGGUGCAGUUCAUUCCAUCCACAAUGGCAGCUGCAGCAGCGUCAGGACUCAGCCCCCUCCAGCUUCAGCAACUGUAUGCCGCCCAGCUUGCCAGCAUGCAGGUCUCUCCUGGAGCCAAGAUGCCUCCACUCCCCCAGCCCCUCAAUACUAGUGGGCCCAUCUCUCCCUCCUCUCUGAAGAAUGACAAGAGUUCCUCCAGCCCCAUCACUCACGUCAAGGAGGAGGGAACACAGCCGCUCAACCUGUCUGCUCGGCCAAAGACGACAGAACUGGUCAAAUCCCCCACAUCUCCGACACAAAACCUGUUCCUCGGCAGUAAAAGCAGCCCCAACAGUCUCCUCAGCAAGGGUGGUAUCCCCAGCCCUCUUGGAGGAGGCUUGGGCCGUGGCUCGUCUCUGGAUAUUCUGUCCAGCUUAAACUCUACCGCGUUGUUCGGGGACCAGGACACAGUGAUGAAGGCCAUCCAGGAGGCUCGGAAGAUGAGGGAGCAGAUCCAGAGAGAACAGCUGCAACAUCACCAGCAGGGCAUGGAGGCGAAGCUGUCUGCCCUCACUUCAGUGGGCCUCAACAACUGCAGAAUUGACAAGGAGAGGGCGCAUUUUGAGAGCAUCGGGCACCACCUCGGCAAGCUUGGUGAGGAAGGAAAGAUCGGCCACAGAGUUAUUGACCUCACCAGGCCAGAGGAUCUUGAUGGAGGUGCUGGAUCUACCGAAGCGCGAGUCUUCAGGGAAGCUCGAGGAAGGAACAACAACGAGCCCCACAUUAAAAGGCCAAUGAAUGCCUUCAUGGUGUGGGCUAAAGAUGAACGCCGCAAGAUCCUCCAGGCGUUCCCCGACAUGCACAACUCCAACAUAAGCAAGAUUUUGGGUUCUCGGUGGAAGUCCAUGUCUAACCAGGACAAGCAGCCAUACUAUGAGGAGCAAGCCCGUCUGAGUAAGCUCCACCUAGAGAAGUACCCAAACUACAAGUACAAGCCACGACCUAAGAGGACCUGCAUUAUUGACGGAAAAAAACUCCGCAUUGGAGAGUACAAGCAGAUGAUGCGUUCACGGCGACAAGAGAUGAGGCAGUUCUUCACUGUGGGACAGCCACCACAGAUCCCUAUCACAACCAGCGCCAGUAUGGUCUAUCCUGGGGCCAUCACCAUGGCGACCACCACACCCUCACCUCAAAUGACGUCAGAGUGCUCGAGUGCCUCAGCGAGUCCUGAGCCAUCCAUUCCUGUCAUCCAGAGCACCUACAACAUGAAGCUAGAGCCCAGCACCAUGGCAAACAACAGCGAGCCGGUCAAUGGCGAGGAUGAGAUGGACAUGUACGAGGAUUUUGAGGACGAGCCCAAAUCAGACUAUAGUAGUGAAAAUGACACACAAGAGCCAGUCAGCGCCAACUGAGACCUCUUUAAUUGUUGAGGCCGAUGCAGACACUCAUACAGGAGGAUGCCCAGAGGGCUGGUCUGAUCUGAUCCGAGGGAGCGAAAGAGCGAAAGAAAACUAAGGUGUAAAAAAAAAAGAAAAAAAAGAAAAAAGAAAAAGAAAAAACAACAAUGAUGUAUCAUUUAGGAGCCAGCAUGCAGAUGUGGCUUCAUCUGAAUCAAAAGCUAUUUGGUCUUAAGUGUUUCUUCAAGUGUGUGAAGCAGUUUGGUUGUGGUAAUUUAGAUUUUUUUUUUUUUUGGUUAUCGCAUUGUUUAUUUUUUCAUUGUGAUCAUGGACAUUUACACAAUUAGGUCAUUGCCUAGAACUAAAGACGUAACUUGAAAUUGAAUAUUUGAUAUGAACCUAUAAUUCUUACGGUCAUUUACCUUGUUUUCCUCUUCAAUUAGGUGAUUUUGAUAUAUUGCAUAACUGUUCAAGAUGGGAAUAAUAUUCUCACUCAGGUAUAGUGUGCCAGCCAACAGCUUGUGAAUGUUUUUAAUCAAGAAUCAAUUAUUACCAGUACAAAAUAUCGAAAAAUUCAUAUGGAGUGAUUCCAACUUAUUACAGAGGGAAAUUAUGCAUUAUUAUUAUUAUUAUUAUUAUUAUAUUAUUAGUGUUUUUGUUGUUAUUACUAUUACACAAACUGCAUAAUUUAGUGCAGAAGUGCCAAACAUUUCAAGUUGUUUCUAAAAAAGUCUUUUGGGAGAGGCUUCGUGAGUCUUGGACAAUCUCUUGAUCUCUUAAUACAGCUUCAUUAUCCAGUCUUUCUUUAAUUUACCCUGACAGAAUAAACAAAUGAAACUCAGGAACUUGGAGGCAGCAGGCUCUGCAGGAGGUUGGACUAUGUGACAUCUUUGGGUGGUAACUUGUGAUGCUAGCUGUUCUCCGGGGAGCCCAAUGCAGUGAUCAUCAAUGAAACAGGCCAGCCCUUUCAUUUCCUCAUCCCAGUCCACACAGAGCACCGUGGCAUCCUUACCUCUUUUCCAGCUCUGCAACCCAGUCUGACUCACCAAGUUCUUAAUCAGAGUGAUUGUAAUCAGGCCAGAAUGCUAAAGGGCCAAAGGCCUUCAAUCUGUGGGAUUGGAACAGCAGCGAAAGGCAGCUUUGGGGGCAUUACAAUCUCAAAUUGAUGUUGUACAAUGUGUAGCUACAGUACGUUCUGUUAAACGCUUUAGCCCCAUUUGGACGGCAAGUUUAAAGUCUUAGGUCUUAGAACUUCUUAUUUUUUUCCGAAUCUUAAUUCUUUUCAGACAUUGUAAAUCUUAAAUUGACACUAAGAAGUCUUAAAGCAGAGCAUGGACAUCGGGCGGAUGCAAUGAGUUGAUUACUGCCGCAGUCUUAAGGGGAGUGAAAGUUUAUGAGGAUAUUUAUAAAUCAAGCGAGAGGCUAAAUCAUGUUUGUUUCUUAAAUUACCUCGUCAUACACACAUGACAGGGGUAACUUAAAACAGUGAUUUUUGCAUUAGUGCACUUACAUAAAUCUUUUUCUGUCACCUUUGAGCCUUAUGUUGUUAUUUUCUAAUAAUCUUAUCAGCUUUGGGAAUGCACUUAACUCUUGCAUUAAAAAAACAGGACGACAUGCAAUGACUCACAAACAAAAGGACACAAAGUCUCUAUCCUAAUUUCAGCUGAAAAGCUGACAAGUGGUGACCUUCCGAAGAGUGCAGCUAGAUAAAGCAAGGCCUUGAUGUUGAGACUCAGAUCCUCUUUACAGGGCAGAAGGUCUAAGUGGCUCCCCUCCCUGCCAUGCCCUGCUCUGACCCCUGCCCGUGGCAACCUCAGCACCCAGGGGGCGCCAUCUGGCUCAGAGAAGAAGAAAACACCAGGGAGGGAUGGGAAACAAUAAAAAUGGGGUGUGUGUCCCUCAUUGUGCUCUCCAUCAAAGUGCUGGUAGUAAGGCCUCAACAGGGCUCCCACCCUGGCCCUAUCACCAGGCACUGGCGAGCAGAUGGAACAAGUACAUCAAGCUGUGGGGGAUUAUUAAAAUGACUGACGACUGGGUAUCAUCUGAAAUACAGCAUUAUUAAUGCAUGAGUCCAGCUAUUCCCCUCCCUUGCCCUUGAACCUGUCCAUUUCAGAAAGAGCACAGAGCUUUUUGAGGGAUCUGAAUGGCUGGUUACUGGCUUUAACUGGUCAAGAUCCACCCACUGCUGGUCACUGCAUUUUUCUCCUAGCUCUAAUUGGUACAGAUGGCUCUUUAUAUCUCUUAAGCACUCAUAUCUUCUGUACUCAUAUCAUCUUAUUGUUGGCGCUGGCUUGCAUCGUUUCUACUCUUUGAAAGCAUUUAUAUUAAGUCUUGUAGGUUUUUUUUUAAAACCACCCCAAUAAUAAUUCCUUUUUUUCCUCCAUCACAUUUUCUACAUUGUUCUAAUUUCGAGGUACAAGACAUUUUAAGGAUGCUCUCCUACGAACAAACCCAAGUGGAUUUCCCUCCGAUUCAAUCUGUUUUGGUAUUUUUAAGCUGUUUGCUCCUGUUUGCUGGUGGUUAGAUUGAUUUGUAUGUGAUUGUAAAUAUUUUCAUGACCAUGCCACACUGCUUUAGUUGGCUGGUAGUUAAAAAGGACUCUUCACGGAACUGAAACUUGACUGUGCUUAUAUAGCGAAAAAAAAGACAAAAAAAAGAAAGAAAAAAAAUGACAAGAACUCACGAGGAGACGAUGUUUCAUAAGUGUUAUAAGCACUGGAUAUAAAUUGUAUUUUUAUCAAUUCUGAUUAAUGUGAAGCUGUUUGAGGAAAAACACCCGGAAUGAACAAAAUUCCCCAGUUGGACUCAAGUGGGUUUGCUCUCACAGUUGCCAGAUUUGAGUCAUUUUUUAUUUUUUAUUUUUUUUGUCUACUUAUUUUGUUUAUUUAUGCAAAGACACAUGUGAUGAAUGAACACUUUGUUUAAGCUUCAGGGCUGCCUAGGGGAGAGACUCAGCACAAGGGAGUGAGCAGAAAAUUCAACAGCAGGCUCAGUUAGCCGUCAAACACCAGACUUCAGACUUCAGUGCAUUGUAUAUUGUAUUUGAAACUGUAGAGUAUCAACAUAUUGUAUUUAUUAUUAGCCACUGUUGGCUCUAAAAUUGUCAGUGAAACAACCACAUGGACAAUCAGAGAAAUAAUAAUUAAAAAGAAAGUUUGAUGAAUUGGAGCUAAAAACGGUUUUCAGUGAAUUCACCAUCUCAUUUAGAUUUUAUUGUAAAUAUAACAUAGGAAAUAUAUUUUUGUUCAUUAGUGAAGUAUAAGUUAUGUAUUUGGCUGUUCUAUUUUAUUUUCUUUUUCAUGUUUUAUUUUUGUACGUGGUUUCAUGUUUUUAAAACCUGACAAGUCACUGUACCUCAUGUAGAUGCUGAGUUUUUCUGCUUAUUGGAAGAGAGCAGUAUUGGACCUGAGAUAGAUAGAAGCACCUCACUUGCUUAUGUUUUGAUAAUUUUCCCUGGACUAUUCAAAGAACCAAUCGAAAUAAAAGCUAUCCUCAUUAGACUUGUUAACAUAGACGAGUCAUUACAAGUAAGGUACUCAUUUAAACAACAAGCACUUGAUGUAAAAGAAUUAUUCAAUACUUUGUUUCCAAUCAUGUUACAAUCUAAGUGGUAUGCUGUAUAUCCUCACUUGUGUUUGUGUUCAUAGCAGCACUCAUAGUAUGUGAGGAGCUGAUAUAAUCCCCCCUCCAAACAACAAAAAAAAAGAAAACCUGCUUGCAUUUGGCUCGCAUUGACAUUAUUGUAAUAAACAAAGGUGAUUUUCAUGUAUGACUGUUUCAAACACAAGUGAUGUUUUUAGAUUUUAUUGAAAGGUGGGAGCGUGCAAAUAUUUAUUUGUUUUAAUGUGGCAAAAUGCACAAUGACAUUGUGCGCUCUUCUUAGUUAAUUCUAUUCUCAUCAUCUUAACGUAUGUUGCUGAUUUUUAAAUGAACAUAUUCAUGACUAUCCAGCCAUCUGCAAAUGUAGCCCUCACAAUUGUUUCUUCUUAAUUCACUUGUUAGACAUGCAAAUGGUUUGAAUGAACAACUGAAGACAAAGGCUCCCAUGCUGUUUCAACAUUACUUACUGUAAUUUCAUUUUUUUUUUUUUCUGUCUGAACUUUGUGAUGUAUAUGGUGGGAAUGUUCUCUGUGUUAAUUUAAUCAGCACAAUUCACUGACAUGCUGGACUGACAUGCUAGCUGCUGUUCAGAAGUGUAAAAUUUGUUGUUCAGGGCAACAUUUAUAGUUGUCUUUGGUACUUUGCUUUUUAGAGUUGUCUCUCAAGCAACACUGUGUGUGGCUCUUCUAUCACUGGAGCCGUUGUUUUGAAAUUGCUGGCAGCCUGAUACAAUUUUCUGCGUAGAAAUCCUUUUUUUUUUUUUUUUCCUGGCAGGUACCUAGGCUCAUGGCAAGUAUUGUUUGGGUGUUAUUAGAGAAAAUGAAAUACAUAGUGUCUGUUGCUGCUUUAAAAAAAAGUUUAUGUCUGAAUAUGUAAAUAGUUUAUCAUAAUAUCUUGUACAGUCCAAUGUAAAGUUUUUAAUUCAACUUAAAAAAAAAAAUGUUGCCAUCACAUUUGUGUUCACAUUCUUCUUUAUACAGUACAAAAGAUCAAUUAUUUGCUAGGGUUAUUAUUGCUAAAAAGAAAAAAAUGAAAAUGUUACUAAAUUUUUUGUUUGUUUUGUUUUGCUUGGCUUCAAAGUGUACACCAGCAAGUCUUUGGUUUCCAUGUGCAGUAUUGACGUGAGGUAAACUUAAGGUGAAUAAUUUUACAGUGGUGUGUUUGGAGAGCGAUCUCCUCGGCUUUGGUAGUAUUAAUACACUAUAUCAAGUAAAACAAACCAAUGAGUGACACAUUUGGGUGCACCUAGGCACCAUAGAAAUGUGUAUACUGUAUAUGAUUAAAUUAUCCCCACAGGAUCAAUUCAGGCAUAAUAUAAUGUAACACCAUUUUCUGUAUGUCUCAGUCCAUUGUAAUAAUGCAACAGUGGGAUGAAUAACUGCCUGUUUAAGCUCAUUUACCUCAAGAAUUUCCUCCUUUUCUGUAAAAGAGACAGAAAUUGUGUUACAGAAAACUUCUCCCAUCACUCCAUCUUUUGUACUGCUGUUGACACUUACAAAUUAAAGAGACAUUU